CAAAUAUCAUUGGAUUACCAAGCGUUUUUCAUAUUUUCUUUUUUCUUCAACAAAUAAAUAACUAAAAAUCAUGGAGUGUCUUUUGGGCAUAAAAUUCAACGAUUUCGUCCUUAUUGCUGCCGAUAGGACAGCGGCCCAAAGUAUAAUGGUCAUGAAAUCAGACGAAAACAAGCUCCACAAGCUCUCCAACAAUCUUGUAAUGGCUGUAUCCGGUGAAUCUGGAGAUACCACUCAGUUUUCCGAGUAUAUUGCCAAAAAUAUUCAGCUGUAUAAAAUGAGAAACACUUACGAGUUGAGCCCUAGACAAGCGGCAGCUUUUACUCGUAGAAAUUUGGCUGAAGCUCUUCGGAGCAGGUCUCCGUACAUGGUCAACCUUCUUCUAGCAGGUUUUGACGAAAAAGAAGGUGCCCAAUUAUACUUCAUGGAUUAUCUCGCGUCCAUGGCGAGUGUAGAUUACGCCGCUCACGGCUACGGAGGUUACUUUUCAUUGUCCAUAAUGGACCGUAACUAUUUGAAAAAUAUGACUCCAGAGCAGGGGUACGAUUUGCUAAAAAAAUGCGUCCAGGAAGUUCACAAGAGGUUAAUUAUUAAUUUGCCCAAUUUCAAAGUUCAGAUUAUUGAUAAGGAUGGUGUUAAGGAUUUGCCUGAUAUCAAUUCCAAAUCUUACGAAUAAAUUAUUUAAGGUGGUGUUAUAAUGUAUUAAUUUGUAUUUGAUAAUAAAAUAUUUCCUGUGAAGUUUCAACCGGGAUG